AUGGAAAACUACAAAAACCCUUCAAGAGAAGAAGGUGAUGAUCCUUACCAUCAGCAAUCUAAUAUUAAUCCCUCAUUCCUCCUGGAUCAAACACCUUCAAUGAGUAGUACUGUUCUUGAAUCCACCUCGUCCUCCAAUAUUGCCACGAACUUCUACACUGACAUUUUCGAUAUGUUACCAAAUGUAGAACUUUGCGCCACUUUGCCGCCCCUGCCGCCGACGCCACCACCACCACCGGCACCGGACCAAUCACGUAUCAAUAUCGGCAGAAGCCACGACCAUCACCCAGUACGACGAGUUUUAGAGAGAGGUGAAUCCAGCGAGCAACAAAAGAAGCCAACAUCAACGAGUUUCAGUGAUGAUGCUGAGAAACGAAGAAGGGAUUCGGACUCCAACGCAACAAGUAGAGGUGAUGCUGUUCGACCAAGACGGUGUCGUUCCACUGAAUUGCAUAACAUGGCUGAACGGACACGAAGAGACCGAAUCAGGAGAAACAUGAAAGCUCUUCAAGAUUUGAUUCCCAACUGCAAUACGAGAGAUAAGGCUUCAAUGCUUGAUGCUGCAAUUAAAUAUAUAAAAUCCUUGCAAAAUCAAGUUAAGAUAAUGUCUGUUGGAGGGAUAUCCAUGAUCCAAACUCCAAACAUAUUACCAGCAGGGUAUCAGAUGGUUCAGAUGCCUCAAUUCCCACAGUUUAUGCCCAUGAAUCCUGCGGGUAUGGGAAUGUUCAACUUUCCUAGUUCAUCAUCCUCAGUUCCAGUCAUGCCAUUUGCCUUUCCUGCUGGUCCAAGUCAACCAUUUGCCUCAGGAGUGAAUAUGAAUUUUGGACAAAUGAAUCAACUGCUGAAGAUGCCGGCGCCGGCAGCAGCAGCCGGGGAUCCCUCGUCGGCAUCAGGGGAUUCCUCUUUGAUGAUUCCAACAAUUGCCUCUUCCUCUCAUGGAGAAAGUAGUGCUAGCUCACAAUGUGUGCCUGCAGCAUCUUUAAACCUCUCCGUAAAACCUCAACUGAUGAGUCAGGGACUUGGUAGUACUGUCAUGGUUCUGCCAAGUCAAAUCGUAACGCCUGCGACUUGUACCAAAUUGGUGACUAAUGUUCCAGAAAUCCCUAUACAAGAUGACGAUAGUGAUCAGGAUCUGAGCGGAAUCUAG